AUGGCCCGCAGCGGAUCACUGCGCUGGAGGCGAUGGCGGAGGCUGUUGGAGGUGGAAUCAGAGAUGGACUCAAGCACGGCCAAGGAGCUGCUGCGAGAGCGGACGAUUGGCACUGGGACGGCAUCCGGAGGGUGGAAGGGUGGUCCUGGGGGUAUGCGGAUGGGUGGUACUGGCGGACAACUGGUGGCAGGGAUAUUGGAUGAAUCCAAGCAUUUGCCUGGGCGAUGCCCCAAUGACAUCUUGUCCCAUAUCACGAUGGAUGUAAUUUCUCCCGUCUUCUCGUCUCGGUGA